GUUUGGGUUCCCCCGGUCGCGGCGUGUCACGUGGGCUGUGGGCUGGUUCCCAGGGCACGUGCUGAGCUGUUGGGUCUUGGCGGGUUGUCCCGGACUGCGCUCUGUGGCUUUCCCGCUGGCGGUGGGGCUCGGAUCGUUCUUCGCGCGCUCUCCAGGAACUCAGCGAUCCACCUGCCUCUGCCUCCCGAGUGCUGAGAUUAAAGGCCUGUGCCAUCACACCACCCUAUCCCGUUUCGGAAAGGCCGGAGGUCCAGGUGUGUAAGGCCAGGUCCCGCUACCAAGUGAGUUGGAGGCCAUCCUGGACCGCAGACUGAGACCUUCUCACAAGAACCCAUCCGCCUGAUACUAGGAACCACUGCAGCAGCCGACAUGGAUAUCACCCUGUGGUCGUCUCACGAGAAGAUGUUGACACAACCCCUCAAGGACAGUGAUGCCGAGGUUUACAACAUUAUUAAAAAAGAGAGCAACCGGCAGAGGGUUGGAUUGGAGCUGAUUGCCUCGGAGAAUUUCGCCAGCAGAGCUGUGUUGGAGGCCCUGGGAUCUUGCUUAAAUAACAAAUACUCUGAGGGGUAUCCAGGCCAAAGGUAUUACGGUGGGACCGAGUUCAUUGAUGAGCUAGAGACACUGUGUCAGAAGCGUGCUUUGCAGGCCUAUCAUCUGGAUCCUCAGUGCUGGGGAGUCAAUGUCCAGCCUUAUUCAGGCUCCCCUGCAAACUUCGCUGUGUAUACUGCCCUGGUAGAGCCCCAUGGGCGAAUCAUGGGCUUGGACCUGCCAGAUGGAGGUCAUUUGACUCAUGGCUUCAUGACAGACAAGAAGAAGAUCUCUGCUACAUCUAUCUUCUUUGAAUCUAUGCCUUAUAAGGUACACCCAGACACUGGCUACAUCAACUAUGACCAGCUGGAGGAGAAUGCCAGCCUCUUUCACCCGAAGCUAAUCAUCGCAGGGACCAGCUGCUACUCUCGGAACCUGGACUAUGCGCGUCUGCGGAAGAUUGCUGAUGACAAUGGGGCGUAUCUCAUGGCAGACAUGGCACACAUCAGUGGGCUGGUGGCAGCUGGCGUGGUACCCUCUCCUUUUGAACACUGCCAUGUUGUGACCACCACAACGCACAAAACCCUGAGAGGCUGCCGUGCUGGUAUGAUAUUCUACAGAAAGGGUGUACGCAGUGUGGAUCCCAAGACUGGCAAAGAGAUUCAUUAUGAACUGGAGUCACUCAUCAAUUCUGCUGUGUUCCCAGGCCUCCAGGGGGGGCCCCACAACCAUGCCAUUGCUGGUGUUGCUGUGGCCCUGAAGCAAGCCAUGACCACAGAAUUCAAAAUCUACCAGCUCCAAGUGGUGGCCAACUGCAGGGCUCUGUCUGAGGCCCUCACAGACCUAGGCUACAAAAUAGUCACAGGUGGUUCUGAUAAUCAUUUGAUCCUAGUGGAUCUCCGUUCUAAGGGUACCGAUGGUGGAAGGGCUGAGAAGGUACUAGAAGCCUGUUCUAUUGCAUGCAACAAGAAUACCUGCCCAGGUGACAAGAGCGCAUUACGGCCCAGUGGACUGCGACUGGGGACCCCAGCAUUGACAUCCCGUGGACUUUUGGAGGAAGACUUCCAGAAAGUUGCACACUUUAUCCACAGAGGGAUAGAGCUGACUCUGAAGAUUCAGAGCGACAUGCCCGGGAGGGCCACACUGAAAGAGUUCAAGGAGAAGCUGGCGGGAGAUGAGAAGUACCAGAGUGCUCUGAGGACUCUCCGGGAAGACGUGGAGAGUUUUGCUUCCAACUUCUUACUCCCUGGCUUGCCCGACUUCUGAGGGUAGGACUGUUCUGGGACCCUCUGAACCCUGUGCUCCCUCAGGACCACCAAGCUGCCCUGUAGGCCACUGAGCCUGUACUGCGCUUUGGAGGGUGUUUCUGACAGGCUGUUCUUAUUUCAGAGAUCUGGGACAGGUUUUCAAGGACUAUAAAUUUGAGACUUUCUUCUCUACAGCCGUAUAUAAUUAAUUAUUCUGGAAAAAGUACUGUGGAGUCAUUUGAUCUCACUUAUUGAUUGCAGUAUGAGGCAGAGCUAUUAAAGAUUCCAGAAUUCUCCUUUCUCCUUUCUCAGUGGCCCUGUGGCAGGUAAGGAAAUGUUCAGGUUCACCCUCAUGUUUUCUCUUCUUCCUGUUCUGUUGCCCAGUAGAAUGGAGAGGAGCACUGAGUUUUCUCCUCUGAACUUGAGACUAUAAACUAGACAGUUGUAAGCAAGAGUUAGGAUCAGGCGCUGGAAAGAUGGCUCAGCACUGGCUGCUCUUUCCAAGGACCCUGGUUUGACCCCCAGUACCCACACGAUGGAUCACAAUCACCUGUAACUCCAGUUCCAACACCUUCUGGCUUCUGAGGGCACCAGGUAAACAUGAGCUGCAGACAUAAAUAUAGGCAAAAUAGCAAUACACAUAACAUUUUACCGGCGGCAGUUUGAAUGACCUUAUAGAAAGGCUGUGGUGUCGCUGACAUUUAGAGGGAAGGCACAUGCUGAGUAUGUAUUCAUGCCUAGGACACAAACUUUAGAACUGGUUGUCCCUAUAGAUGAGAAAAUCCAUUUCUGGUUUGAGAAUCAGCAGAGGCCAAAGGCUUUGUGUUAUAUUAGCUGCUUGUAAUUAGGAACCCAAAUGCCACCUUCCCAAAGAGUCUUUAUUUUUCACAUGGCUAAAUUGCAAACCAAUUUAAUACACACAAAUUUUUAUCCACAGAAUGUCUACAAGAAUUAUAGCUUUAAAAAAUACAACCAAUUUUUAUAUUUUAAAAAUAUCUGAACUCAAAUAAAUUAAUAUUUUUAAAAGUA